CAGAUCUCCCUCCUCCCCUCCUCCCCUCCUCCCCCUAGGGAGACGCGAGCGGAAUGCCUCGCGCGGACGUACGCGCACGGCGCCGGGACUGGACGUAAUACGGAGGAGCUGCCACGACGACGCGCCGCGUUCUCCGCUUCCACGGUACACGCCUCGACCCCGGGCAUGUCAGCGCGCUGAGCCAAAAUGGCAGCCACGUUAACCGCCGAGCAGGAGCAAGCUACGAAAGAAUUCAUAGAAGCUGUGAACAGAUGUAGGGCCGGUAGACGUGCCGGACCGGUGUCCUGGAGCACGGCGGUCAAGUUUUUAGCGGCGCGGAAGUUUGAGGUUCAACGAGCUUUGGCUCUGUACGAGCAGCACGAGGCCACCAGGAGGAGAGAGGGAUUAGCAGUUCUGCAUCCUACUCAGGAACCCCUGCUCAGUGAGCUGUACACAGGAAAAUUUACUGUCCUGCCAUCAAGAGACGCAACAGGUGCAGCGAUAGCUAUUUUCACGGCGCAUUUGCAUCUUCCACAGAACACUACGCAUCAAACGACACUGCAAGGUGUUGUAUAUCAAUUAGAUGCUGCCCUUGAAAGUGCGGAGACGCAGAAGCAUGGACUAGUUUUUAUUUAUGACAUGUCUGACAGCAAGUAUCAGAAUUUUGAUUACGACCUGUCUCAGAAAAUUCUGACACUUCUGAAGGGUGGCUAUCCGGCAAAAUUAAAGAAGGUCCUGAUAGUGACGGCGCCGUUGUGGUUCAAGGCGCCCUUCAAGAUCCUUCGAUUGUUCGUUCGCGAAAAGCUGAGGGACCGAGUGUUCACGGUAUCCAUCCCUCAGCUGACGUUGCAUAUCCCACGAGAAUCAUUGCCACAUCGUUUAGGCGGCACGUUGGAGGUACAGCAUGAAGCAUGGCUGCUACAUUGUCUUAAAUCCAUGACGAACCGAAGCGGGGGUGAACUGUGCGAGGUCACCCCGAGAGUAGGCACACCUGUGUCGCCCACGGCGAACGAUAACGCGGUUCAUCAGAAUCCGAAUGGAACUACAACGCACAGUAGUUCGACUAGUCCUGUAAUCGAUAAGAGCAAACAAGUGAAAAAUGGUGUGUCGAAUAUCGGCGACAUCGAGAUCACCACCGCGAACGCUGACGCCUGGAUUGGAACCGACGAGGCGCCAUCCCCAGUACAGCCUCCGUCCUCAGCUAGUUCUGGUUUUAGCGACGACGACAGUCUUCACGGCGAUCCUGGGCUUCAGGCCGUCACCAUGGAGCAAUUUAUAGCGGACAUACAUUCGCGAGGACGCGCCGGUCUCAUAGCAGAGUACGCGGAAAUUAGACAGAGACCGCCGGAAGGUUCAUUUAAUAAUGCAAAGUUAAGGUCUAAUCAAUCAAAGAAUCGCUACACCGAUGUGCUUUGUUACGACCACAGCAGAGUCUGCCUUUCGCAAAUAGACGGAGACGCGACGUCCGAUUACAUAAAUGCGAACUUCGUCGACGGUUACAAGCAGAAGAACGCGUUUAUCAGUACUCAGGGUCCUCUUCCGAAAACCUGCGGUGAUUUCUGGAGGAUGGUUUGGGAACAGCAGACGUUAGUCAUCGUUAUGACUACGAGAGUGGUGGAGAGAGGGCGUACGAAGUGUGCACAGUACUGGGGCCCGGAACCAGGUGACGAAGUACAAGCAGGUGGCUUCACUGUGACCACCCUCGAGGUCGAUACGAAUCCAGAUUACACAAUAUCCAUGCUUCUCCUUACAAACAAUAAGACUGAUGAGACGAGAGAGGUUUGCCAUAUGCUGUACACAGUGUGGCCGGACUACGGCGUUCCUCAAUCGGCGAAAGCUUUACUACAGUUCUUGUCCUUAGUCAGGCAACAGCAGAGCAAAUUACUCGCUAGCAGAGGAGACACAUGGGCCGGGCAUCCACGAGGACCACCUAUAGUCGUACAUUGCAGCGCUGGCAUCGGAAGAACAGGCACAUUUUGCACCUUGGACAUUUGCAUAUCGCGACUGGAGGACACUGGGACCGUAGACAUACGAGGAACCGUCGAGAAGAUCCGAGCACAGAGGGCCUACAGUAUUCAAAUGCCAGACCAGUAUGUCUUUUGCCAUUGUGCUUUGGCGGAAUACGCACUUUCCAAAGGGAUGCUCAGUGCGCAGCAUCUCUCCAUGUUACCUCCAUCGAUCGAAGAGGAUUCUGACUAAGAGAGUAACGAGUUCUGCUACCAUAUACCGGAUUAAUGUUCUUCCCGAGUAUGCGUAUAUAUAUACUAUCCUUAAAAUAGCCUAUUUCUACCUUAAACGACUGAAAGUUAUUUUUUGCUAUCGUAUCCAUCGAUGUAAUGAUUGAACUUCUCGCUAAUUACGUCAGUCUUAAAUUUCCUAUGAAGCCGAAUUGGUCUUUUUCUUUCAAUGUCGAAUAAGCGGACAGGGAAUAUUCCACAUUCCUGUUCUUCGUGCUCUGGCAAAUUUUUAUGUAAAGGUGCAUCAAAAGGCACUGAUCAAAGAUAGAUAUUUUACUAGCAUAAGAAUUUGGCACAAACAUUUUUAUAGAUCCAACGUUAACUCUCUCGAAUGUAAAUUACAACUCAAAUUCUGUAAGAUUUAAGCUGUUGCGAAAUGGAAUCUAAUCACAAAAUAAGAAAUCUUUAAUAUUGUUGCGUCCGGGAACCAUUCGCGUUUCGCGCUAGCAACGUUCGUCGUCAAGGGAGUGCUCCAAUUUCCUCGAUCACAUCUAAAUUCAGUCGGUUCCGCAGGACCGUGUCAGCGCGGACACAACAAUAUAGUCUAAAUAAUUUAAUUUAAUUUAUGAAAUAAUGACGCGAUAAAUUUUUUCACUUUCGGUCGUUAUUGAA